GAAGUGAAGAGAGAGAAGUACCUGGCUCAACCAAAUGGGUGUUUUACAUGCUGUGUUCCUCUGUCUUAUGGUGGUGUCCAGCUUAAGCAAGGCAACACAGGGUAGUAUUGAAGAGUGGAAGUCAGCGACGGCUACAUAUUCUAAAGACCCUUAUGCCUCAGUUACUACUGGUGAUGGUGCUUGUGGCUAUGGCGACCUGAACAAGAGAGGUUACACAUAUAGCACUGGAUUAAGCAGUGAACUGUUCAAUGGAGGGAGUACCUGUGGUGGCUGCUUCGAACUAAGAUGUGUGGAUCACAUAUUGUGGUGUUUACAAGGAAGCCCCUCUGUUAUAGUCACUGCAACUGACUUUUGUCCUCCAAACUAUGGCCUUCCAAGUGAUUAUGGUGGCUGGUGUAACCAUCCUAGAGAGCAUUUCGAGAUGUCGGCCUUGGCUUUCUAUGAAAUUGCAGAGAAACAAGCUGAUAUGGUACCAGUGCAAUAUAGGAGGGUUAAUUGUGCAAGAAAUGGAGGCCUACGAUUCACCAUAGGAGGGAACACAUAUUUCCAUCAAGUUCUGAUAACAAAUGUGGGUUCUGAUGGAGAAGUGAUUGCAGUGAAGAUAAAGGGUUCCAAGACUGGGUGGUUGCCUAUGGCAAGGAACUGGGGUCAGAAUUGGCAAUGCAAUAUAGACCUCGGUAGUCAGCCCCUUUCAUUCGAGGUAACCAGUAGCAGUGGGAGAAGAGUGGUAUCAUAUAAUUUGGCUCCUUCAAACUGGCAAUUUGGCCAAACAUUUGAAGGAAAACAGCUUUAGUAGAGAAUAAUUCCGCAAGAGCAUGGCAAUAUGUCAUAUACAGGCGUUCCCUUAAACUGGCAAUUGGGCUAGAAUUUUGAAGGUAAAUAACUUUGAGUCACUGAGGUAUGAAAGAAAUCUUAGUUCUGCUUUUUUAAGCUCAGAAAGUGAUUUAGACAGAGCAGGCAGAGAGAUGAAGUUGGAAGCUCCCAUUUUGUCUAUGGAGAAAAAUGUUUUGGCUCCAUGAUAUGGAAUUAUCAGUCUGAAAGUUCAAAAACGUAAAUUCCAUUAUGAUAGGAGUAUAGGACUCACAAGUUCUACAGAUCAGAGAAGUAAUGUCAAGUAAACAGUGAGUAUUUCGGAGCACCCAAAAAGUCUUGGAAACAGUAAGAAAGAUUGAUAUAGUUGAGUUGUUUAAUCAGCAAAAGAAAAAGCAAAAGAUAUGGGGAUCAAAGAAACCAUGGGAUGUGCCAAUAUAAUAUACAAGCCACUAUAUAUAUAAGUGUGAAUCCAAAUUGAGGAAAUGUGAUUGUUAAUGGAAAGUA